AUGCUCCGCUGCGGCCUCACCCCUCAUCCCGCCACCUUCAACCGCCUCCUCCACCGCCUCCUCCUUAAUGCUGACCUCCUCCACACCGCCUCCUCACUCUUCCCUUCCAUUUUGCUGGACGAGUUCGAGGCUAGCUGCGAGGCUUCCAGUGUGGUCAUCUAUACCACCUUGAUCAACGGGUGCUGUAAAAGAGGCAGCUUUGAUGCCGCGAAGCGAUUGUUCGACCGGAAGAAAGGCGGGGGUGUGUCCCCCAACGAGUUCACUUACACCGUCAUGAUCAGCGGCUGCUUCAGCAACGGAUUCCCUACUCUUGGUUUUGAGAUGUACGACGAGAUGAAGCAGAGUGGAGUCUGUCCCAAUCUCUACACUUGCAACGUUUUGAUAUCGGAGUGCUGCAGGGAACAAGACUUCUGCUCUGCAUUCCAACCCGUCGACGAAAUGUCUCAGAAGGGAAUUAUGCCAAACAUCGUGACAUAUAACACCUUCAUUGGUGGGUUUUGCAAGAAAAGCAAGGUAAAGGAUGAUGGAAAAUUGUUCAUUAAAUUGAAAGCUGAUGGAUUGCGACCGAGUCUGGUUACUUAUAACCUUCUCAUAGAUGGUUACUUUAAAGCAGGGCAGGUAUGUCGUGACGAUGAAGAAAGCUACAAGUUUAAUGAAUCAGAUGAAGAAAGUGGUUGCUCGCCGAGUCUAUCAAUGGGUUUUCUCAAGCAGGCGACCUGA